AUGAAGUUGAAUAGUACCGUGGUAAUCGACAAAAGGUGGGUUUUCAAUGGUACUGUCUGUCAAUUGUGGUACUUUUCGUUUAGUUCACGCAAUUCUCCAAACAAAUCUGUCCCACGACUAGAAUAUGAGAGUGGUUGUGUGAGCCCCUUGACAUCUCGGGCUAACUGCGGGUUUCGCAAGAGCUCCUGGAUCCAGUGUGGCUCGCUUGCCAACGGUGGUCAGCUGGCGAGCUGGAAGUGGGUCCAUCCUGAACGGCAGAUCUUUGUACUUGAGGACAGACUGGGAGAGUCGGUUAAUGCUGCUCGAGGGCCUUGUCGACCACAGACAGUUGUACCGCAGCUUUCAUCAGGUGGAGUAUCGAUUCUGAAGAGCGACAACGUCUCCUUGCUCACGGGUAAAGGGGAGUGGUACAGUCGUUGUAGGAUAGGGAGUGAGAGAGGAACGGACGGUAUUGUGGAGAAGGGGUUUCCGAAGUGCAGAGUACACUCAGUCGAAGAUGUAAUGAGGAAAGCACUUGUGGUGGUGGUGACAAGACUGUGGUUCCACCUAGUACCCUUGAGAUCUUCUAGAUGGUGUUCCAAUACGAGUAUCGUGGGUGCAUCGGUGUGGGUAAUGACGAUGCUUAAGAGGUUGCCUCUGGAUGCUGUGUUAGUUGUACAGUGUCUCCAUCUCUCUCUGCGUCUUUCUGUGUCUGUCCGUGUCUGUCUAGGUCUGUCUGUGUCUCAAUAUCAGUCUGUCUGUGUGCUUUCGGGCCAUUUAGGAGGAAUACUUGGAUAUGGAUAUCUGAAUUAUUUAUCUUGA